CCAUUAAGAGACGCCCCUGCUCUAACGCACCAAGAAAUAGCAAUCCAGGCGAGUGGUGCGCUCCAAGUCGGAGGGGGACCUGUAUGAAUGGUAUAGACAACGCUCGGAUGGGCGGUGGAUGUGGCCGGACCCUAGGACCUGGAAGAACUGGAAAGACGUUCAGAGGCAUGAUCUUGCUGCGAGGGGGCGGAUUCAGGAACAGUUGGAACGAUGGAUCGUUAGCUGUCCGCUCUGUCUUCUUCAUAGAGACACCAACUGCAACAGUCACGCCCUGUCGGAUUGCCAAAGGCCCGAGAGGGCGUUAGCAUGCUCUAUUAAGUCUCGUCUCCAGAGUGUGAUAGCUAGUAUUAAGGAGAGCGGAAUUGGAGGUUACGGAGAAGCUCCAUGGUGCAGCGGGUGUUGCCUACCCCGAUCUCGCUGCCGUCAGUGGAGCAAGAGAGAUGGAGAGGGAGAAGAGUAUGGAGACGAUAAAGAAUGGCGCGAGCGGGACGAUGGUAAGGUGUGCGGGUUCCCUGGGGUGGUGCUAAGUACGGUAUCGGCGAUGUUGACAUUCCAACUAUUUUCGGGGUUGACGCUCCUGCAAAUGGUAAAGCAGUGGCGGGAAGACAGCCGGACGCGGUUCAAUGGAGAGCUGGGACUGGGCGGGUGGCUCCUAUCGCCAAUGCUGUGGGAAUCGCGGCAGAUGAUGACGAUGGUGCGGGUGUUUCAUCAGCUGGAUAUCGCAGUAGAAGAGACGUGGAUUCUGAAGGCGAUGGAGCAACGACGGGAGGAGCUGAACGCACUAAGCUUGCAGCAUUGGGCUGACAGGGAAGCGAUUGAUGACUACAUGCCGGCUGCGAGAGGGAAUUGGCAAAAGAAAAUAAGGUCAUCAAAUGACGAGGGGAUGACCAAGAUGAGGUUUAAGACAGCAGAUGACAAGUGUAUUAAGGAGGCCUUGUACUACGAUAAAUAUUGAAUGGAGCAUGGUUGGGGAUAUGGAUGGGAAGAGUUCUACUGGAAUCUUAUUCAAAGCCGGAUUA